ACUUCCUCCUUCCUGUUGCAGACUUGGAUCUAAAUAAUGGCCACGUGUGUGUAACCCAGGGCAGGGGCAGCGUGUGUACACUGCGUAGUGUGUGUACAGUGAGUUUAUACCUGGAGCUCUCUCACACCCCAGGAUAAACUCCCUCCAGUAAAUCCAGCCUUGGAAGCAGAGCGGAUUUUGCACUGUUGCCAACAAGGACAAGAUUGUGAGUGAUUUGUGACCAGAGCGUGGGCCGCUCGCACGUAUUAAGCCGGAGUGAAAAGGUGGCCGGAGUCCUUCGGGCUGGGUUCCCAAUGGAAACACUGCAGAUGCUGUCCUGGUGCUGCCUGGUCUUCACAAUAUGGAUGUUCUCCACCGGCCUGUCCGAUUUGAGGAGGAUGAUCUCUGGGAACAGCACAGAUAACAUCCAGUUCCUACCCUUUCUCAGCACAGCUGUUAAUAACCUGGGCUGGCUCUACUACGGACAACUGAAGGGUGACUGGACAUUGAUCACCGUCAACUCCAUUGGCGUCAUUCUGCAGAUCAGUUAUAUCCUGGCCUACCUGUACUUCAGCACCGAGAAGUUUCAGGUGGUGUCCAAGGUUGCUUUUGCGGGAGCGGUUUUAGCGAUCGUCUACCUGUACUUCACGAUGCUGGUAUUGGACGCCGAGCAACGCCUCAACAAGCUGGGCUUGCUGUGCAGCGCCUUCACCAUCAGCAUGUACCUCUCACCACUGGCUGACCUGGCCAAAAUAGUCCGGACUCGGUCAACAAAAUGCCUCUCGUUCUCACUGACAGUGGCAACAAUCCUUACCUCCACGUCCUGGACUCUGUACGGCCUCCAGCUGUCUGACUACUACAUCGUGGUAAUGAACUCCGAGGGGGGACAGUUGGGCAUUUGGUUAAACCAUCCUGGGGCUGAAAGGGUUGAACUCCGAGGGUGCCGAACGUCCCGGGAAUCCUGACGAGCUUGGUCCGGUUUUGGUUAUUUUGGAGCUACGCGUCGGGUCAGGACAAGUACACUUACCGUCCGGUUCAGGCCUGAGGCCUACCGCGCAGGCUGCCGAUUUUGCCUAAGCUCUGGCUGGGGACCUGGAGAGAAAUGGGACCAUUGCCGCGUUCGCCAGGGGCAGAGGGAACCGAAGAGGGUGAGAGGAGAGAUGAACGAACGAUCGCUCUAACCCCUGUUUCUGUCAAACCCUUUCACACCGACUGCCAAGAGCAACCUCUCCACACAUCAAAACUGCUCCAUAAAAUGAAGGAUUCUUUACCUUUUCUUAA